AAGGCAAGCAGGCAGCCAGCGCUGAGAGAAGCGGGUGGCAGAAAGUGCUUCGACGCUGCCUCUGGCGGCACGCUCCCCAGAGGAACUUGACGAGAGCCCAUCUGCGUGUGUGUGAGACUGUGAGCUCAGGAUUUCUGUCAAUGCAUUCCAGUAACCCCAAAGUGAGGAACUCCCCGUCAGGCAACACACAGAGUAGCCCCAAAUCAAAGCAGGAGGUGAUGGUCCGUCCCCCUACAGUGAUGUCCCCGUCUGGCAACCCUCAGCUGGAUUCCAAAUUUUCCAACCAAGGCAAACAAGGGGGCUCCACCAGCCAAUCCCAGCCCUCUCCCUGUGACCCCAAAAGUGGAGGUCACACCCCCAAAGUGCUCCCGGGCCCGGGUGGGAAUAUGGGGCUGAAGAAUGGGGCUGGAAAUGGUGCCAAGGGGAAGGGGAAGAGAGAGAGGAGCAUUUCGGCAGACUCCUUUGAACAGAGGGAAGCUGGGACUCCUAAUGAUGACCCGGAAAUCAAAGACUGCAAUUCUGCUGAUCAUGUGAAGUCCCAGGAGUCUCAGCACACACCACACUCCAUGACUCCUUCAAAUGCUUCAGCCCCAAGGUCUUCCACACCUUCCCAUGGUCUGACUGCCACUUUGGAGCCAGCAAGCGGGCAGAAGACUCCAUCCAAAGUGGUUUACGUCUUUUCUACUGAGAUGGCCAACAAGGCUGCAGAAGCUGUGCUGAAGGGACAGGUGGAAACAAUCGUGUCCUUUCAUAUCCAGAACAUCUCAAACAGCAAGGCGGAACGAAACACUGUACCCUUGAACCCCCAGAUCACUGCACUUCGGACUGAACCCAAGCCCCUGCCACAGCCCCAGCCCUCUGCUGCCCAGGACCAGAACCCUCCCCAGAACGCCAAAAUGCAGCCGACUCCAGCCGUGUCAGCACCAGUAUCCAAACCCACUGGCCCUCCGUGUCCCAUAGAUCAGGACAGUCCCAGUGUGGAAAGCAAAGUGAUGUCUGUGGGCAGCCCUGCCAACUCUACCCCAUUGCAGACAGAAGGAUUUGGGCAGAGUUCAACCCCCAAUAAUCGAGCAGUUAGCCCAGUUUCCCAAGGUAGCAAUAGCUCUGCUGCAGACCCCAAAGGUCCUCCCCAGCAGGGGUCUGGUGGGGACCCAUCCAGUUUGGGUGAGAAUCCCGACGGACUGUCACAGGAGCAGCUGGAGCACCGAGAGCGCUCGUUGCAGACCCUGAGAGACAUCCAGCGCAUGCUCUUCCCUGAUGAGAAGGAGUUUGCAGGAGGGCAAAGUGGGGGGCCACCCCCAAAUGCUGGAGUGCUGGAUGGUCCCCAAAAGAAACCCGAAGGGCCGAUACAGGCUAUGAUGGCUCAAUCCCAAAGUUUAGGCAAAGGGUCGGGGUCUCGGACAGAUGGAGGGGCUCCGUUUGGCCCUCAAGGACACAGGGACAUGCCUUUUUCCCCAGAUGAAAUGGGACCACCACCAAUGAACUCCCAGUCAGGAGCCAUAGGCCCAGACCACCUGGACCAUAUGACUCCUGAGCAGGUGGCCUGGCUUAAGCUGCAGCAGGAGUUUUAUGAGGAGAAGAGAAGGAAGCAAGAGCAGGUGGUUGUACAGCAGUGUUCCCUGCAGGACAUGAUGGUCCACCAACACGGACCUCGUGGGGUGGUCCGGGGUCCUCCCCCUCCCUACCAGAUGACCCCUGGUGAGGGCUGGGGACCUGGGGGUCCAGAGCCCUUCCCUGAAGGCAUGAACAUGGCACACUCUCUGCCCCCCAGGGGCAUGGCCCCUCAUCCCAACAUGCCUGGGAGCCAGAUGCGCCUGCCUGGUUUUGCAGGAAUGAUGAACCCUGACAUGGAAGGCCCCAAUGUCCCGAAUCCCGCCUCGCGGCCUGGGCUUUCAGGAGUUAGUUGGCCAGAUGAUGUGCCAAAAAUCCCAGAUGGCCGAAACUUCCCUCCUGGUCAGGGUGUCUUCAGCGGCCCUGGCCGAGGGGAGCGAUUCCCCAAUCCGCAGGGCCUGCCUGAAGAGCUCUAUCAGCAGCAGCUGGCUGAGAAACAGAUGGGCCUCCCUCCUGGUCUGAACAUGGAAGGCAUCAGGCCCGGCAUGGAGAUCAACAGAAUGAUGCCCUCCCAGAGACACAUGGAGCCUGGGAACAACCCCAUCUUCCCUCGCAUGCCGGUAGAAGGACCGAUGAGCCCCUCUAGGGGGGACUUCCCAAAAGGAAUACCCCCACAAAUGGCUUCUAGCAGGGAGCUGGAGUUUGGGAUGGGCCCUGGCAGCAUGAAGGGGGACAUGGGCAUGAAUGUCAGCAUGGGCUCUAACCCACCCCUGGUCCCUCAGAAGCUGAGGGAGGCAGGAGUUGGGCCGGAAGAGAUGAUGAAGCUGCGCCCUGGUGUCUCGGAGAUGCUCUCCUCUCAGCAGAAAAUGGUGCCGCUGCCGUUUGGGGAGCACCCACAGCAGGAGUAUGGCAUGGGUCCCAGGCCUUUCCUUCCCAUGUCUCAGGGCCCAGGAGUCGGUCUCCGGAAUCUCAGAGAACAGAUCGGGCCUGACCAAAGGACUAACAACCGGCUCAGCCACAUGCCGCCACUACCUCUCAAUCCCACCAGUAACCCGAAUAGCCUCAACACUGCUCCCCCUGCGCAGCGCAGCCUCGGCCGCAAGCCCUUGGAUAUCUCUGCAGCUGGUCAGGUGCAUUCGCCAGGAAUCAACCCUCUGAAGUCCCCCACGAUGCGCCAGGUCCAGUCUCCCAUGAUGGGGUCUCCCUCGGGGAACCUCAAGUCCCCUCAGACACCCUCCCAGCUGGCAGGAAUGCUCGCGGGCCCCACUGCCGCAGCUGCUGCUGCCUCCAUUAAAUCCCCCCCUGUCUUGGGGUCUGCUGCUGCUUCUCCUGUCCACCUCAAGUCUCCGUCUCUCCCUGCACCUUCUCCUGGAUGGACUUCAUCUCCGAAGCCUCCUUUGCAGAGCCCUGGGAUUCCCCCGAACCACAAGGCGUCUCUAACCAUGUCUUCUCCAGCCAUGCUGGGGAACGUGGAGUCGGGUGGUCCACCUCCUUCCACAGUCAGCCAGUCUGCUCCUGUGACUCUCCCUGGAAAUCUUCCCUCUAGCAGUCCUUACACAAUGCCUCCAGAGCCAACCCUCUCCCAGAAUCCCCUCUCCAUUAUGAUGUCCAGGAUGUCCAAAUUUGCCAUGCCCAGCUCAACACCGCUCUAUCACGAUGCCAUCAAAACUGUGGCCAGCUCGGAUGACGACUCCCCUCCAGCACGCUCCCCAAACUUGCCACCUAUGAACAGCGUACCAGGAAUGGGUAUUAAUUCUCAGAAUCCUCGAAUUUCAGGUCCAAACCCAGUGGGUCCAAUGCCAACCCUUAGCCCAAUGGGAAUGACCCAGCCUCUUUCCCAUAACAACCAGAUGCCCUCUCCAAAUGCUAUGGGACCCAAUAUACCUCCUCACGGGGUCCCCGUGGGACCCGGCCUGAUGUCACACAACCCAAUGAUGGGGCAUGGUUCCCAGGAGUCUCCAAUGGUACCUCAAGGACGCCUGGGCUUCCCGCAGGGGUUCCCUCCCGUACAGUCCCCUCCACAGCAGGUGCCAUUUCCACACAACGGGCCCAGCGGUGGACAAGGCAACUUUCCAGCGGGAAUGGGCUUCCACGGAGAAGGACCUCUGGGGCGUCCUACCAACCUGCCCCAAAGUUCGACAGAUCCAGCACUUUGCAAGACUGGAGGCCCUGGCGGUCCAGACUCCUUCACUGUUCUUGGAAACAACAUGCCUUCGGUUUUCACUGAUCCAGAGCUGCAGGAGGUGAUCCGUCCUGGAGCCACGGGAAUACCCGAGUUUGACCUGUCCAGGAUUAUCCCAUCGGAGAAGCCUAGCCAGACACUACAGUAUUUCCCUCGUGGGGAGGUGCCGGGCCGCAAGCAGCCGCAGGGUCCCGGGCCCGGCUUCUCCCACAUGCAGGGGAUGAUAGGAGAGCAGACCCCAAGGAUGGGACUAACAUUGCCCGGCAUGGGGGGCCCCGGGCCCGUGGGAACUCCGGAUAUCCCUCUUGGCACGGCUCCGUCCAUGCCCGGUCACAACCCGAUGAGGCCGCCGGCCUUCCUGCAGCAGGGCAUGAUGGGGCCGCACCACCGCAUGAUGUCACCAGCACAGCCCGCCAUGCCCGGCCAGCCCGCGCUCAUGAGCAACCCCGUGGCUGCCGUGGGCAUGAUCCCGGGCAAGGACCGAGCCCCUGCCGGGCUGUACAGCCACCCGGGCCCUGUGGGGUCACCUGGGAUGAUGAUGUCAAUGCAGGGCAUGAUGGGACCCCAACAAAACAUCAUGAUUCCCCCCCAGAUGAGGCCCCGAGGUAUGGCUGCUGAUGUUGGCAUGGGAGGAUUUAGCCAAGGCCCUGGAAACCCAGGGAACAUGAUGUUUUAAGCUGCUACCAUAAGACUGGAUGUUCUGAUCCUUGUCAAGAUGAGAUUCCAAGUCCUGAGGGCUUUUUUGGGAGCUUCAGGAGUACACAGUUUGGCCAUGCAAUAGGUGAAAAGAGACCAGAGGACACUUUGGGAAAUCUCGAAUGUAUGGAAUUACCUGAAAAAAAAAAAAAUAUUCAUUUUAACAGGUUGUUUUUUUUUUAAGAUUUAUUUUUUAAAAAUUAUUUUUGUGGACUUGGGUAUCCCGUGACGGCACCUGCUUUGAGAAUCUGUAGCUGUAUUUUGAGAAUUGCCAUUUGUCACAAGUUGCACCAUUCUCUGUAUGUUUACGUCCUUCGGACUGGCUUCUCCCAGGACUCUCGGUUAUUUUUGGGGUUUUUUGUGUACUGUACUAUAUUGUAAAAGGGAUUUUAGCAGAGACUUUAGUCUUUGGGGUGAGAGGAGAAUGGGAUUCUAGGCUGUUUACUUUAGGUGGAGAAUCCAUCUUCAGAACUUCGGACUAUUUUCCUUCAACUCCAAUGUAUAGAAAAACCAAACUACGACCUCAGAGCAGAGUAUUAAUGAAAAGCACAAAAAAGGAACUUAAGUUCAGUGAGGGGAAUCUUUUAAAAGAAAUAAAUAAUAAGUUAAGGACAUAUUUUUCAAAUUAUGGCGUGCUGUCCAGCACCUUCUGUCUCUCCCUCCCACUCUUUAUUAAAUAGGCUUCUCUCUCUCUCCGUCCCCUUCUGUCUCCUCCUAUGGCAGCUGCAAUACAUUGUGUUAUUUUGGGGAGUAAAUCUAGGAGAGCCUCUCCUCACGUGGGGACUCUUCCCACUUUUAGGAAGGGGCUGGACUUGGACACUGUUACAUCCUACAGUAGUCUCUCUCACUGUUUCCUAUUCUCCUUUUCUUAGAAACCCCAAGUGAUUUUAUUAAUGUGGGAGUGGAACAGACACUAAAAGUUAUCCAGGAUUUUUUUUUGUGGUUAUUUUUUUUUUUCCUCCCCAGCGUAAAACGUUCUGUGUAACCUCCAUUAAAUUUGGUACAAAACCACUCGCCAGGGCUGUGGUGUCAGAAAAAUAAAAUAUAUUGUU